AUGGCAUUUGGUGAAAAAUCAGGCUUUAAAAAGAAAAAGGUUGUUGCUUUCAAACCAGUAUCAGACGAUAAAAUUAAAGAAAUCAAAUUCGAUGCUCAUAAGAGAAAGGAUUUCAUAACAGGAUUUCAUAGAAGAAAAGAUGAUAGAAGAGAGGUUGCCAAACAACAAGCUAUUAAAAAGGAAAAGGAUGAUAUCAAAGAACAAAAGAGAUUGAAAAAGGUACAAGAAGAAGCUUUAUAUAAUAACUAUCUCGCUGGUCUUGGUCAAAGUUUAACAGGAUCUGAUGAUGAACAAGAGGAAAGUGAGAGUAGUGAAAGUGAAGAUGAUGAACAAGAAACUAAAAGAGUUAAACUUGGAGCAUCAGAGGAAGAAGAAAAGGUAGAUGAAAAUGGAGAUGAAAUCAAUAGUGGAAAAGGAAUCAUACAAAAAAAGACAAAGGAAUAUGAAAACGAAUCAUCAGUAAUUACAACCAUUGUCACUCCACUAUCAUUUAAUAGUGAUGGUGAAGAAGAAGAAGAAGGACAAGAUGGAAGUGGUGAUGAUGAUGAUGAAGAUGAAGAAGAAGACGGAGAGAAUAAUGGAGAUAACAAGAAAAAGAAUGAUGGUGAAAAGAAAGGUAAAAAGAGAAAAAAGAGAUCAACCAAUAUCGUUCAAGCAAAUAGUAUCAGAGAAGUGGUAGAUGCCAAGAAGAAGAUUUUCCUCGACGAUCAAGGAAGAAAGGUUAUGAUGCGUAAGAUCAAAGGUAAAAUCCUUCCCAUCGUCAUGUCUGAACGUGCCCAAGAAGCCGUUGAACAUGGUUGGAAACUACCAAGACCACUUCGUAUUCAUCACAAAAAGAGUUGGAAUCCUUUGAAAAAGAAAACUCCAAAGAAAUAA